GAAAAGUAUUAGCAUAGCUAAAACCAAGCAAGCAUGGUCCAUAAAAGAGAUGAGCAGAACAACAAGAAUACCCAAGAAAUCCCAAUACCCUACUGCUGCUGCUCCUGCGGUAGGGUUGUGCCGUUGCCGUACAAUCUUGUCCUUUUAUUCCUCCUAACUUGUGAAACCUUAAUAAGGUACUAGUAGUAACACUCUCUUAUUCCCAAACCCCAUUGUUUGCCCACCAUGGAAAAAACCCAACAAGAACAAAACUUGGGUCAAGAAGAAGAAGAAGAAGAAGAAAAAGAAGAAGAGCCAUCCCAACAAGAAGAACCAGAACCAGAACCAGAAGUAGAAGAAGCAGCUCCUCCUUCUGAUGAGCAACCACCCUCCACUCAAAUCGAUGAUCCUCCUGUUCCUGCUCCCCCAUUCGAUCCCAGCCGAAUGAUUGGCAUUAUUAGAAGGAAGUCCUUGAUCAAAGAGUUAGCUGCUAUGUACCAUGCUGAGUGCCUUUCAUACUGUCAAGAGCUUUUGGAGCUUCAACGGAAAGGGGAUGAGCCACUUAUUGACCUGAAACCUCCAGAGGAUUUGAAGAAGGAUGCAAUGCGGCCCCCCAAGCGCCUAAAGAAGAACGCUAGACACUAAUAGUUUGAUAUCAUUCCUUUGCAGCUUACUCUCUCAAAUCUGCAUAGCAACUUUCCUUUGGGACAGAAAUACCUUCAUCUUGUUAACUAUGUGAAUGUAUUUUAAGUAAAUUUUAGAAUGAUGCAAGUGCCCUGUUAUGGAUGCACAACUAGCUAUGUGUAAAAAUUUGGUAAACCACAAGGGAGCUUGCUUUUUGCCUAGUCAUGUAGCCAUGUAGGUUUGCUUCGCUUAUGGGAUUCAUAUUAUAUGUUCUGUGCA